UUGAUUGAUUGAUUGGUUAAUAAGGUGAUUGAUUAGGUGAUUGAUUGAAAUGAUUAAAUGAUUAGGUGAUUGAUUGAAUGAUUAAAUGAUUAGGUGAUUGAGUGAUUGAUUGAUUGAUUGAUUUGUUUUCUCUCAGGCAUAAUGAACAGAAUCUCUGAUAAUUACUAUACCCUGGAGGUGGUGAAGGCUUGUGUUGACUCAGUGAUGUUCGUAGCUAUGUGUGUGUUCACGUAUGUGAUCAAGGUGACGGAACACGACUCCCUGCAUCUGGACCAUGAAGUCCACUAUCGCCUGCUGCUGCAGCAAUCCAUCUGCCUCAUGGGCUUCAACGCAGCGGGCAGCGCGAUACACGGCAUCCGCUCCCUGCGUCUCCCCACCACACGCCUCACCUGCUGGAUCCUGUUCGACCUGCAGGUGGUGAUGGGGCGUGGCAUCACCCUCACCCUCAUGUGCAUGUGCGCGUGUCUCUCUGUGUGCCGCCCGCUGCACUAUAGAACAUUAGUGAGGAGCUUGUACCGCUGGAUGAUGUUAGCAGCAUGGUUCCUGGCUCUAAUAAACCCGCUAGUGUUCACGGUGGUGGCGUUCGCACAGAAUCCGUGGUCCUACCUGCUCUCGCCGGACUCACAGUGUCCCACAGCUCUGGAGGAUAAAGGGUUCACCAUCAGCGUGCUCCUGUUUCUUGACAUCAUGACGCUGUUCAUGUUCCUCAGUUACAUCCUCAUCUGUCUGGAGGGUCACUACACCGGUCAUUUCUCUGAGUCCAACACUAAAGGACGACUCACCAUCCUCGUCCAUGUGCUGCAGAUCAGCCUGUACUUCGUAACCGUCUACAUCAUCAUCUCCCACGUGCAACAGGAGCUCAUCGUGGAAAUCGUCACCUUCCUGAUCUUCAGCAUCUUGCAGGUUCUCAGUCCGGUCAUUUACGGCCUGCGCUGUAAGGAACUCAACAUGGAAAUCCUGCGAUUAUUCCCUGGCUGCUGUAGCCAGUGUGUGACCCAGGAGUCCAGCGUGAGCGUGGAGCAGCGUGAAAGCCCCGGGACACUCAGACGCCCCUCAGUAGUAGUGAUCAGCACCGGAACCAGCCACUGCAUGAGUAGCGUUACUGACCAUGUGUCUGCCCACGAGUCUGACAACAAGAACAAAGAUCAGAUCCGUGAAGAUUAUGAGGAGACUUUAGUGUGAGAAAUGAAAAUGUGUGAAAUGAAGCUGCUCCACCAAGAGGAAAUGACAAAUUGGACAAAAGUAAAAAACAGACCUCUGCACACUCUCUGAGAACUUUAACAACUUCAUUUACCUUCAACAAAUUUUACAGGUGAAAGAUCAGCACUGAUGUAAUCAUUAGAUUAAGGCACUAAUCAUAUACUCUAUACUUAUAUUUAUCUAAAACAAACAAACAAACAAACAAACAAAAAGCCAUCUUGUGUGGAAGAAUGCAGCAUUAAAAAAAGAGUCAUUUCCAGGUUUAUUUCCCUGUACACCAGUCGCUUCACUAUAUUCAUCAUGGUCAAAUUAAACACACAAAUUUAUCAACCAGUAGGAACACAGGAGGGCGGGGCUGAGGGUUUUAGGUAGUUAAGACAUUUACCUGUGUGAAUUUUACAUUGGGUGAAAAAACACGAGUAGCUAACAUUAGCACUGCUCAGUACUCUAAACCCUGGACAGUGAUAUUCUCUCAUUUCAUUCAUUAUCUUCAUUUCCUCUACUGAAACUUUUAUUGUUACAUCAAGUGGAAACCUUUAACACAAUACCUACACCUACAUUAGUCAGUUGUU